CGCUAGAGUCAGAAAUUUUAAUCCUAAAUUCUAAACUCUGAACUCUCACCGUGAACUCAUUAAUACUUAUAAAAUCAUUUAGUGUUGAGACCAUUUUAUCAUGAAUCUAUUUACUCAAAAUAGUGACUAUGAAAAAAUAAAAAGAGUGCCAAGUGGCAAGUGGGUCUCAUCCUUGCUACAACUACCCUUAGGUAUCAUGCGCCGAUAUUUACUAGUUGGCCUAACUAACUGAAAAAGCAUAUUCUAAAAAAAAAAACAGCAUAUUCUUUUCUUUUUCCCGAAUCCUCAGUCCUGCCAUUCAUUGUUUGUUGGGAUCCUCGAACACUCAUUCUCAGUUAAUCUUUUUGAUAAUGGUGAAUUAUUAAUUUAUUAAAAUUCGAAAACAAAAAAACAGAGCAAUUCUACUUAUGUUUUUGUGGAGUCAAUCUCAGCGCCUAAUUAAUUCCCCCCCCCCCCCCCCCCCCCCCCCCCCCCCCCUUUUAAUAUAAACCGUGAUGGGAAUGUUUAUGGUGAUAUUGUUAAUAAUGUUGGGCAAAUAAGAACAUUCGAUAUUUAGCAGAUCAGAGUGGAUAAGUCUUUGCUUAAUUUAUAGGGUAUAGGUCAAUCUAUACUUUUACGACAAUAUAUAAGUCAAUACAUUCUUGAAUUUCUGGUAGUAAAUGGAAUAUUUUUUUUGACAAAUAUGGCAUUAGAGCAUUUGAUUGAAAACCAUUCGAUCACGAUCUUCCAUAUUAAUAAUUGAUAUAAGCAAUUUAUAAUUGAACCAUGCAAAUUAUAUGUUCAUGAGUUGCCUUCUAUUAGCACAGACGCGAUGUAAGUAACGAGAUGUAUAUAAGUCUUGUAACACAAUUGUAAAGGUAACAUAGAGUUUUCGUUCAUCACUAUUCAAUAAGAAGCAAUACAUUUCAAAAUUUCAAUACAUUCCAGUAAGAAGCCAUACAUUUCACCAUUAUCUCUUGCUCUCUAAUUAUAAUUUGUAUCUUAAAGGAUUAAUCAUUUUUUAACUAGAUAUGAUGUGGCUUUAGUAAAUCUGAAGCACUUGUGAAUUUUAAUUGAAUUUCGCCGAGUAUGUUUUUGAGUUUAGAAAUUUUAAUUAAACUUACUAACUUAGUAGGUAUUGGAGUCUAAAGUUUUAGCAAUUUUAUGGCUUUAUAGAGAAUAUUGUACGCUCUAGUAAAUUUUUUACCGACAAAUUUUAGUGACGGACAAGAAUUUGGUCGAGUAGAAUUAAUGUUGAUUUUCAACUGAAAGUCAAAGUCUCUAAAAUAGAACAUGACAAUAAAAAAAUAAAAAAGGAGAAAUAUUUUUGUAUUUUAAGGAAGUAAAUCAGUUAUUAUUUUUUUAAAAACGAAAAUUCUGCCAAUUAAUUUGAUCAAGGCAAAAAAGGGAAAGGGCAACAUAUGUUAAGCUGCCCGGAAAAUUGACUGUUUCGCGGGUCGCUUCUGCAGAGGGAGCGCACCGUAAAUUCGCACACUUUCCGUUGCUCCAUUUUUGUCUCCAGUCUCCACUACGCCUCCUACAGUUCGUUACUUUCUCUGCUGGCGUUUUCCGCUUUCCCCAUCCCAAUCCAUCUUCGUUCGUAACGUUAAAACUUCCCUUUCAUUCCCUUCCCCCAUCCCCCCAGAGAAAAGCAGAAACUACACUCAGCUCGCGCUACGCUCGUUCAGAGAAUUUUCCAUUGAAGAAAAAGGGAGGAAAAUCGGUUCCUCGGUGGUGGAGAAAAAGAGAAGAGAAUGGAUCUCUGGGGAGCGCUACAAGUGAAGAACGCCACUCGGAGCCCUCUUCUCGCUGGGGAUUAUUCGAUUCCUACCGAGCGAUUGGGAUGCUGGGCCCGGGAGAAGAAAUCGAUUGGGUUGUUGGAGAUCAGGGUUUUCAAUCGGAAGCUCUGUUCCCACUCGUUGAUUGUCAGGGCUAAGGCGAAGAAGAAUAGCAAUAAUAACGAUGACAAUUCGUCGUCAUCUUCUUCGCCUUCUCCUUUCGAAAAUGGUGAUAGAUCUCACCCUGAUGGAGAAGUGUCAAAAGGUAAAAAAUCGUCUGAUGGAAGCAAAGCGAACAAUAGUUCUUCCAAGAAGCCGAUUCGUGCAAACCUGGACUGGAGAGAAUUCAGGGCGAGUUUGGUUGCUAAAGAGCAGGCACACAAGUCUGAGACCGAGACUCACAGUAGCCAGAGCGGGUCACUCCAAGAGCCGAAACCUCUUGCCCCGAAGUGGGCUCAUCCUUUAUCAGUCCCUGAGACCGGUUGCGUCCUUGUUGCCACUGAGAAACUCGACGGAGUUCGUACAUUCGAAAGAACUGUUGUCCUUCUUCUAAGGUCUGGAACCAGACAUCCACAGGAAGGACCAUUCGGUGUUGUCAUCAAUCGCCCACUGAACAAAAAGCUUAGGCAUAUGAGGCCGAACAAUAAUGAGCUGGCAACCACAUUCUCAGAUUGUUCUCUGCAUUCCGGAGGGCCCCUUGAGGCGAGCAUGUUCUUGCUGAAUACAGGAGAGAAUAAGACCAAGCUUCCCGGGUUUGAAGAAGUGGUUCCCGGUUUGUGUUUUGGUGCUAGAAACAGCUUAGAUGAUGCUGCAGCACUUGUGAAGAAAGGAGUGCUGAAGCCCCAGGACUUCCGGUUCUUUGUUGGUUAUGCUGGUUGGCAGCUGGAUCAGUUGAGGGAGGAGAUCGAGUCUGAUUAUUGGUAUGUGGCUUCUUGCAGCUCAAAUCUCAUCUGCGGAGGAUCAUCCAUGAUGGAGUCCGGGAAUCUAUGGGAAGAGAUUUUGCAGCUUAUGGGGGGCGAUUACUCAGAGGUGAGCCGGAAGCCUAAGCAAGACAUGUAAGUUUAUUGAGAACACGAUGGAUAUGGAUCUGAAUGAAAAUAUGGAUGUGGUAUUAAUGGAGUGAAAUGUACAGAAACUCACUGUGCCUAGAUAGCGUUUUUUUAGCUUGUUUCGUCUUUCCUUGGCUUUGGUCUCAGUUGAGUGUAAGAACUUGGCAGUUGCUGUUUUAUGUAUGUAACAGAAUGGUUGCCUUGCAUUAAUGUUAUGGUGACAAAAAAGGGGGGAAAACAGUAAAUCCCUCCUGAUAAAUUAACCUCUUUGGUGGGUUCAAUAAACUCAUUUGUCUGCAUUUUGUGCUGCAAUGUCACAAGUCAUCUCUGUUCCCUUUGGAAUCACUAAAGCAGGAACUGGAUAGUUAAGGGUUGGUUUGGAUAGGUGUCCUUGUUCAGAUGGAUCACAUCAAUAAAGUCCUAUUAAUAUA